AUGGGCUUAUCUCAUUGCAAAGCUCUUCUUCCUCUCUCACCUGUAUCGAUUCAACACUCCAAAAGAAAAAAAAAAACCCUCUCUCAUUUUUCUACUCUCUGUUCUUUUUUGGGAUUUUGGCUAAAGUUUCACUUCAAGAUUAUCAUCUUGCUGCAAUAUCAGGCUUGGGCAUUUGAAGCUAUUUUGGCAGUUCAACAGCUAGCUAAGGAUCCUUCACUUGAGAGUUCAAUGCCAAGAAUGAAUAAAUGGUUGUCCGCAAAACCAGCGAGAAAGACUAACUCUAACUUGGCAAAUGUUGAUCCUCCUGAUCAGACAAGAAAAGAGAACGAAAGAGACUUCCGCUGGAAUUGUUUGCCCUAAAUUGGUAUGCGCAGCAGGUGGAUCAGUCCUUUCUGAAGAGUGAAGACAAAAGAUGAAACAGGUGGACUUCCUUCGUGUUGUUUUUCUCUAUAGUCGAGUGGUCUUGGGAAUUAUUGGUUUUCAGUGUUCGAUUCACAUUUUUGUCUCCCCUAUUUCUUCAAUAUGUAUCCACCCUGUUCCCAAAAGAUUAGCUUUUUGUUCUGUUUCUCCAUCUACGUGUGUCUGUGUUUUUUUUUUCUUUUUUUUUCUUGUGAGAUAAUUGUUGAAUUGAUUUUAUGUGUAUCUUUUAAUUUUUUCUCUAAAAAAAAACUCUUAUGAGUA